CCAUGAACAAAAAGGCUCUCUAUGUGUUUCUGUAACUACCAUCCUUCUUCAUUUUCUCUUAGCAAAUCCUAACUUCGGAUCUUCCACCUCGUGCCUCAAUGACAAUCGCGUCAAUUUCGUUUCCCCGGCAACCUGCGGGGCCUUAUAAGUUUUCGCCUUCCACGGCCUCAGGCUUGCAGCGGAGGUACUUAUCAUCAUCCCCCGCCAUUAAUAUCGCAGCUCGUCGAUACAAUCAGAGCUUGGACAACGUUACUAGGAAAGUCCCGCACCAGAAUAUGAACCUCCUCAAGGCUCGCGAGGAUUUCAAGCGAUUUUCGUCUCCCGCUUCCGUUCUCUGUCACGAAGACAAGCUGAACCUGUCUCAGGACCAAGCGGUAGGGACGGUUUCUGCUUCGCAAGCAAACUUCAUGCGUGUUAUAGUGCAAUCACUUCCUUCUGAAGUUUGUACUAUUUCUGAAUUGACUGAAGGUUCCGGUGGCACUCCAGGAGUUGUGGUGGAGCUUUUGUGUGUGGUGAAGGCGGUGUUGAAGAAGAUCAAGAGAAGAGUGAUGGUUGGGGAUAAAGUUCUUGUUGGUUCUAUUGAUUGGGUUGAUAGACGAGGAAUGAUAGAGAAUGUGUUCCGGAGGAAGUGCGAGAUUUCAGACCCUCCUGUGGCGAAUGCUGAUCAUUUGCUAGUGUUAUUUUCCUUGGAGCAACCUAAACUUGAGGCCUUCUCCCUCACUAGAUUCCUUAUUGAGGCUGAGUCAAGUGAAAUUCCUUUCACCCUUGCAUUAAACAAGUGUGAACUUGUUCCUGAAGAGACAUUGGCUGCAUGGAGAUGUAGGCUUCACAAAUGGGGCUAUGAACCUAUCUUUUGCAGUGCUAAGUUGAUGCUUGGAAUUGAUGCUUUGCAGUUCAUUAUGAGAGAAAGGACCUCAGUAAUUGUGGGACCUAGUGGUGUUGGAAAAUCUAGUCUCAUUAAUGUGAUGAGAAUCAAUAAAUGUGGUAUCUCUGGUGCUGCCGACGGAGGCAUAGGUUUCUCUCAUCCACAAAGUGUUGGGGAAGUGUCCACCAGAAGUGGAAGGGGGAAGCAUACAACCAGGAACAUUUCCUUACUUCCAAUAUCUGGAGGAGGGUAUAUUGCUGAUACUCCUGGAUUUAACCAGCCUAGUUUGACUAAAGUGACAAAGCAGUCCCUUGCUCAAAGUUUUCCUGAGAUCCUAAAAAGGCUUGAAGACAAAGAACCUUUGAAGUGUUCUUUCAGCAAUUGCUUGCAUCUCGGCGAACCAGGGUGUGUUGUUGGUGGAGACUGGGAAAGAUACCCAUACUACCUUCGGUUGCUUGAUGAUAUUAGAAUCAGAGAGGAAAUUCAACUUCGGGUUAUAGGGACUAAACAAGAAAGUGAUGUCAGGUAUAAAGCACGAGAUAGAGGUGUUAUGCACGCCGAACCAAGGUUAGAACCCAAGAAACACAGGAGACAAUCCCGUAAGGAGGUGAACCAAUCAGUAUUGGACAAGCUGAAUGAACUUGAAGAUGAUGAAGACACCACAAAUGGAUUGUGACAUGCCAACAUUAUCAAGGGAAAUGAAUCAAUGAUACUACAAAAAAGUAAUGGUAACGAGACAUUAAAUAUGGACAUUCUGAGCAGUACCCAUUUAUUGGUUGAUGAUCACCAUCAUCCAUUGAAUGUGUCAUAUUUAAUGUUUCUCUAUGAUGUUCAUAUUUAAUGUCCGCUAACAUUAGUCAACAGCAAACUAACUCGUCAUGGAAGUUACCGUGAAUAAGUAGCGAGUGUGUGUUUGUCGAGGGGUAAAUGAAAUCGUUGAGUUUUAGAGGCCAGGAGUAUGUAGAUGUGACAGACUAUCACCACUGAAGAGGCUAAAUAGUUGAAGCUGCAUGACAAUAUUGAUUAGUUUGUUGUGGCUUCCAUUGUUCUUCCCUAAGUUUUUUACAUAGCCUGGACUCAUUGAAAGAAAAAAGAGAUGCAAAAUGUAACAUUGUGAAUAGAACAACCCUAGUGUGGUAGAUGAUCUUUGAGAAUUGCAGUCAUCUUGUCCUGGAGAGUUCAUGUUCAUGUGGGUAAUAUUUUUGAAGGCCUAAUGGUAAAUAUUCGGAUCCUUCACAGAUUGUCUGUGAUUUUGGCCAAUUCUGUAAAAAUUAGUCGUAACUUUGGC